ACGAACACGAAAAAAAUACAAAAAGAUUACAUUUUUUACGUUAUUAGUUUUGUGAUUAUAGUUUUAAGAAGUGCACAUAGAAGAGCAUUAUCUAAUGAACAGUUAUGGGAUAUUCAAUUUAAACGAGUAUUUCUGCUAGCAAACAUUCCUAAGAAGGACAAGUAUGCAAUAACGCAAGAGGCUUUGAAUAAUGAAAAUGAAAGGUUUCAUGAUAUGAUUCAGGGCAAUUUUGAGGAAGCAUAUAGAAAUCUUACCUAUAAGCACAUAAUGGGUUUAAAGUGGGCCACUGAAAAUUGCAGGCAUGUGGAAUUCAUAAUUAAAAUGGAUGAUGACAUUAUUGUAGAUAUUUAUGGUAUUUUACAUGUGAUAGAUCAAAAUGUUCAGCCUAAGGAGCUUUUGAUGGGAUACGUAUUGAAAGAUAUGACACCGAAGCGUGAACCUGCUAAUAAAUGGUUUGUAAAACACGAAGAGUUUGCUUCAACCACUUAUCCUACAUUUUUGUCCGGAUGGUUGUAUAUAACAAAUCCACAUACAGCAAAAUUGCUUGUAGCAGAAUCAGAAAAUAUUCCUUAUUUUUGGAUUGAUGAUGUUUAUGUAACUGGAAUAUUAGCAGACUCUCUUAAUAUUAAACAUACGAGUAUAAAUAAAUAUUAUACUGUUCAUCCAGAAUAUAUUGAAUGCUGCAUCAAUGACUGGAAAAAAUAUCAAUUUAAAUGUGACUUUUUGAUCUGUACCAAUGGAAAUGAUUUUAAUUUAUUUGUUAAAUUUGCUACAUUAGCAUUGAAUUGCAAUAAAUUGUAUAAAUGUUUGGAUAGACCAUUUGACAAAAAACUUGAAAAUACCUGUGUUGCACAUAGGCGCAUAAAUCCUCCUGAUAGAGGAGAAUCAAUAAUACAAUCUAUUAAACUGUAG